AUGAAGGACGUCAGCUCGGAACAGUACUCUCGUUGGGUCUUUUUUCCUAAGCUUAUCGAGAGUUGCGGUACCGUCUCGCGCAAAGCAUAUUCAGCCCCGACCCCGUGUACUGGGUUGUACUGCACCGGUCUCCCAGCAGACGAUCCUGACUGCGUUGGAGAUUUGGAGAAUGUUGCUAACGUAUGCUCGCUGGUACCGAAGCUGAACCCAGACGACGAACCUGAGGUUUUCUGGGCCGUCCUCUACGAAUAUGAGGAUGGGACUCCUUUGCCCUUCGAUCAGCAGCAUUUUUCAUACAAGACUCCUUGCGUUAGUGACGACCCAGACGGCGAUGGAGAGAAAGAGUGUUACAACCAUAUUCCUGCUCUCAUGCUGGCACCGAACUACGAAAAGCUCGAGGAAGCCAUUGGAGCAACCAGUGCUUAA